AUCCUCCACAGAGAUGUGAAAGACUCUUCACACUGUCCUUUAAAAAGUGCUUUUUUAUAUUUACUCAGGUUAUCUGUCUAUAUAUCUUUUCUCUUCAGUUCCUUAAUAAGACUGAGGCAGCCUGCCAGCAUUACUACCACUCACAGGGAUUUAGCCCCGCCCCUUCCUGAGGAAUCAGAUUUUCAGUCCAAGCAGCAGAACAUUCAUUGGUGUUAAUUCUUAUCUACCUACAGUACUGAGGAUGGCUCGUCUUCCCCGGCUGACCAGUAUCUUUCAGGCCAUGAUGUUGGGAACCAUCAUGGUGUGCCUGAUGAUGCUACACUCCAUCCAGCUGGAUCCUGUUUCAGAGGAUGAGUGUGGCUGUUUGGAGUGUAUGCCGAAACGUGAAGAGGAUCCUUGGAUUUUACAGCGCUAUAAGAGACAGAUCCCAGUACUCCUGUCCAGUCAGAACAGCAACCUGAGUAAAAAUACCAGUGACUGGUGGCAGACACUUCAACACAAGCCCAAGGGUGUGAACUACAGUGAAGUUGUGGAGAUCCUGUUCUCGCUGUUCCCUGAUGGAGAACAGUACCAGGAUGCUGGUCCUGAUCGCUGCAGAACCUGUGCUGUGGUGGGAAACUCUGGCAACCUGGAAGGAUCUCGUUAUGGACCAUUAAUAGACGCUCACGACUUUGUCAUAAGGAUGAACAAAGGUCCAACCAAAGGCUAUGAGAAAGAUGUUGGUUCAAAGACCACCCACCGGGCCGUCUACCCCGAGAGCGCUGUAGACAUGGAUAACUCCACCCACCUCCUUCUGGUACCAUUUAAAAUCCUGGAUCUACAGUGGCUCAUCAGCAUCUUCACCACCAAACACAUCACACGCACAUAUACCGCAGUAAAGACCUCACUAAAAGCAGAUAUGGACAAGGUGAUGGUUUUGCACCCUGACUUUAUGAGGUAUGUUUAUGAAAGCUGGCUGAACAAAGAGGGCACAUAUCCUUCCACUGGAUUCUUAAUGCUCGUGUUGUCGCUGCAUGUCUGUGAUCAGGUGAGCGUAUUUGGAUUUGGUGCCAAAGAAGAUGGACGUUGGCAUCAUUACUACGACAAAAGAUACGCUGUUUUCCAAAGUAAAGGAAAACACAGAGGAAGCCUGGAAUACAACAUCACUCAGAAACUCUAUGAGAAAAAGUGGCUCCAGUUUUAUAAAGGAACUUAGAAUAAAUCCAGAGUUUGUUGUAGCUUGAAAGACUUGAAUGACCUGGAAGAGCAGGAAGAAUUGCCUUGGCGAGAGAUUAUCAGCCUAUCACCAGCGUAUCACACUACUGUAUGCAUCUGGUAUGAUGGUGACUCUUCACACCAGCAGAUGCAGCCUCACACCUUCUUCAGAAACCCUGCUGAAGACUGGAUGAAGCUGAAUGUGUGUUUUCUGGGUUUAUUCACUUAUUAUUUAGUAACGAUCAAUAUGAACCCUGUAUUCGUAAUGCAUUAUAUGCCAUUCGCAAUAUAAAACCACUUCAAAAUGAUCGGUUUCUCUGAUUUUACUAUUUACAGGUUUAUGUUUGAGUUAAAUGAACAUUGCUUCUUUACUCUAUAAACUACAGACAACAUUUCUGCCAAAUUUCAAGUAAAAAUAUCAUAAUUUAGAGCAUUUAUUUGCUUAUAACAGACAUCAAUUAGGUAUUAAGCAUGCCAUUAAAAAAAUCCACCGUAAAUGUGUUUAAAAUGCAUUGUGAAAACAGGAUUCAUAGGUAGUGUUACAGAAUAGUAAUUUUUAUUUUACAUUUUGUACAUAUGUGUUAAUAUAUUUAAUAUUCUUCGUUUUACUUUUGUUCUCUAAAUGUCAGACUUUAACAUUUUAACUGAAUGCAUUUAUGAAGUAUGUUAAGUUAUUAUACAUAAUGUUUUGUGUAUAAUUUAAAAGUUAUUAUAUAUUUAGCAUAUUUGGGUGAAAAAUGCCCGAUGCCGUUUUACAAACCUUUUUCAACACCCUGUUAUUCUACCUCAAACUGGAAUGCUGGUUUUAUUUUACAGGGGGCUUGCUGGGAAAAGUACCUACUUUUAUAGGCUACGUUUAUAGCAGUGCAAUAGUUCACAGCAACAAUAUAAUAUAGCGUAUUCAAGCUUCUGCUAACCUACUAGCACAUGCCUCCUCUGAUACAUGUGAAGUCAGGCUCCGCCUCUUUUUGAACUGCUGCUGAGGCAGCAUUACCGAGUAGCAUCACAGCGCUAACACUCGGAGGAAAGCGCAGCGACUCGGUUCUGAUACAUCAGCUCACAGAUGCAGCCUUGUUCUGAUCCACAUCACCCUAGGAGUGAUAAGGGGAAAGAGCUCCAUCUACUCUACCCACCCAAAGAGAGCAAGACCAAUUGUGCUCUUUCAGGGCUCUGGCAGCUGUUGGCAAGCUGCAUGACCGGGAUUCGAACCAGUGAUCUUCCUAUCAGCCAACUAGCUUGAUCUGAUUCCCUGCAUGGAUGCUAUGCAUGCUUAGCUUGUUUAGCAUGGUUACUCGUUUGGGUCCACUUUAAAAUAAGACCACCUUUAUAAAGGGUUUAUAAAUGGUUUACAAUUAGUUCAUUAAUGGUUACUAAUUAGGUAGUAAAUGCCUUAAAAAUCAAUAAUAAUCAGUUAUAACACAUACGUAGAAAGGGCAACAAUGACCUGCUGUUUGCCAAAAAGUGAACCCAAAGCCAUCUAUAUCGUUGCCCUUUCUACGUAUGUGUUAUAACUGAUUGUUAAAAACCGUUAAUAAACUAAUUGUAAACCAUUUAUAAACCCUUUAUAAACAUAAUCUUAUUUUGAAUUGGUAUCCCCGCUUGGCUAUUGUUAGCUAUUAGCCUUGUUAGCUUUGCUUCCACAAACCCAUAAACUAGCCACUGUAUUUACAGUAUCUUUGAAAGGGUUUCACUCCUCAGGAUGACUAUACAUAACUAUAAUGACUCAUAACUGUGACGUAACAGUUUUGUGAUUUUGGAAUCUGUCCGUUUUUCAGCUCUAUUUUACUUGUGUUGAGAUUUGUUUUAAAAAAAAAAGCUUAAAAGUGAGUUUAGCAUCCGGCUAUAUGCCAAUGCAUUUACACUCUGUGACCCUUACAGUGCUGGAUUCUGCUAGGGUUGGGAUAUUUACAUUUUCUGGUUGUUUAAAACUAUUUCUUUGCUUGAACAAAGCAAUGUUUAAAGCAUUAAAUUAACAUCAACUGGGUAAAAUCUGAAACUAAACAUUGUUCUUCAGAUUAGCUCAAAAACAAGAUCACAAUACUUUCUUCAGAAGGAAAACAUAUUGCUGCUUUGUAUCGUGUUUAUAUUUAUUUGCUGUCAUCAUCUGUAUUAAAGGUUUUUGAUGAAUCAAUAAAAAUGGCUGCAUAUUGA